CACUGUGUGUUUUCUUUUUGAUCUUUCCCUGUGAGUUUUUCGCGUUUUGGAGCGGAGGAUUUGUCACCAUGCAGAUCUUUGUGAAGACCCUGACGGGCAAGACCAUCACUCUCGAGGUCGAGUCCUCUGAUACUAUCGACAAUGUGAAGACGAAGAUCCAGGACAAGGAGGGCAUUCCGCCUGACCAGCAGAGGCUGAUCUUCGCCGGCAAACAGCUCGAGGAUGGCCGAACUCUUGCCGACUACAACAUCCAGAAGGAGUCCACCUUGCACUUGGUGCUUCGUCUUCGGGGAGGUAUCAUCGAGCCCUCUUUGAUGGCCCUGGCGCGCAAGUACAACCAGGAAAAAAUGAUCUGCCGGAAGUGCUAUGCCCGCCUACACCCCCGGGCUGUUAACUGCAGAAAGAAGAAAUGUGGACACAGCAACCAGCUCCGCCCCAAGAAGAAGAUCAAGUAGAGAGGUGACCACAUGCCUUGGUGCGUAGGUUGCAGUACAAGCUCAAGUAAAGUGGUAGCCUUUGCUCUUACACUUGUACAGCUUGUUUGCUACAGUUGUAGUGCAUCGCAUUUUUUCUGUAUGAGCAUACACGUGAUCACGUUUGUGAUCGUUAUCAUUUUGUUGAACUGCGUCUACAAAUUCUUGCUUCCUUAA